UUUCCAAGGUGUGCCCUAAUGAAUACAAUCCAGGUACUAAUGAGAUGCCAGGGGGAGAGGACGCGUGUAGGGACAAUUUUUGCGUCAAACGUUCCUCCAAUCAGGGAGGACCACCGUGAUACUCCCCCCCAGUCAUCUCUUUGCUUCUUUCCUCUCCUCAUCCAUCAACAUCAAUCUAUCUCAUCCCGUCUUCCACUUUCCCGGAGAAAAGGAAAAGAACUACCACUCUUCUCAUUAGGUCAGAAACGCAGUUCUUCUGUAGUCACACACCCAUAUUCAUUGCUUUGAAAAGUUUAUUGUUUCACUAUUGGGACAUUGUAGAGGGAUCCAGUUCGCUGGCGAUGGCAGCGGCGGCCCGCAGGCGCCAUGGCAACAUGCCCCAAAGGCGGGCGACUCUGUUGCCGCGGGGAUUCCAGCGCUCCAUGGCCAAACAGGUGACAUCGACAGCACCGGAGAGACAGCCCACUGGGACGACUGAGACUACUGGCCCAAACCUGGUAACCACAGCAGGGGCACCGAGGCAGACAACACAGCAGCCUGGCACUAUUCAGCCUUGUGGGAUAGAAAUGGGGCCAGGUUGGACAUUUAUCUGCAAAGCCAAGAUGUCCCCCUCAUCCCCUCAGCAGCGUCAAAAUCACCCUGACCCAACCAUCGCUCCUUUGACAGUCUGUCAGACAGAGCCCGACAUACAGAGUUCUCAUGUAUGGGUCCAUAGUGGGAAGAACAGAGAGGCUGAUGGGAAAGACAGAACCACAGCAGCUUCACUAGAGAGAAUCAGAAUCCAUCCAGAGUCCCAGAGGAUUCUGGGCAGUUCCUGUGUAGCCGUUGUGCAUCUGGAGCGUCUGAGGAUCAAACUUGACCCCGGACAGUCAGUUGCCCUGUCAAUGGUACCACCACUGGUGUCUUUGGUGUCACUGUUACGCCAACCACACUCAGAGUUGCUGACUGAGGACUCUGCGGCGCCUCUGCCGGCAGUCAUUACCCCAGAGGAGCAUGUCCAACAGACAGGGUCCAGUCUGGAUUUCCAGCAGAGUUCAGCAAACAGAGAAGAGUCAUCUGGAUCAGAACCAGGGGCCUCAGGGAUGGAGCCAACACAAAUACACAGGCUCCUCUGGACUGAACCACCACACCCUCAGGAGAGACCUGCACCCCCAUCGCCCCCUAUAGGAAAAGCACCAGAAUCAGAUCAAGUUCUCGACUUGGAGUCUGAAUCUGAGUCUGAAUUGGUUCCAGGUCUGAAAUCUGGCUCAGAUUCACUGGAAAUGGAAUCAGACCUGGAGCCAAAGUCAGAACUGAAUCUGUCAAUGGAGUUAGAUCCAAAGUCAGAAUCAGAAACAAAGCUGGAAUCAGAUUGGGAGCCUGCAGAUGGGGAGGACAGUGAGGGGGGUCAUGUGGGGCAGUGCUCACCUAUCGAUGGGUCUAUAGUGUCCCAGGAGCAGCCUGAGAACGAGAAAGGGGCAGCAGGGAUGCAAAGUGAGGAUUUCUGUGCGGUGUGCUUCAAUGGGGGCGACUUGCUAUGCUGCGAUGGCUGCCCUAAGGUCUACCAUCUCUCCUGCCACAUACCACCCCUCCGAAGCUCCCCGCUGGGCGACUGGGUGUGCACAUUGUGCCGGAGUGACCAAGACCCUGUGGUGGGGUAUGACUGUGAGACCAUACAUCCCUCGACAGACCACCAGGGGGCAGGCACACCAUACACACUGUCCAGCCUGGACCAAAGAAGGUGUGAGAAGCUGACUCUUCUGUUGUCCAGCCACGUCCUCAGUGCCCCAUUCCAGGAGCCUGUCAGCCCACUGGCUCGUCAUUACUACCAGAUCAUUAAGAGGCCGAUGGACCUAUCAGUGAUCAGAAGGAAGCUGGACCAGAGGAACACUCUUCACUACUUCACAGCCCAGCAGUUUGUGGACGACGUCCUUCUCAUGUUCAGGAACUGUGCAACUUUCAAUUACCCAGACUCUGAGGUCGCCAACGCAGGUCGUAACCUGGAGGUGUUCUUCCUGUCCAAGCUGAGGGAGGUGUUUCACAGCCAAGCAUUCCCCACGCUGACCCAGGACAGAGCGAACAGGAACAGUCUCGCUUGGCUGAACAGGAAAAGGAGGGACUACCACAGGAAGAAGAAACGAGGUCACUUCCUUGACUUCUGAAGUGGUCUGGUGUAAUGUUGUAUGGUGGCAAAACAUCUCACAUAGUUGUAUAUUUUGAAUAUUAAUUAAACCUUAGUCUGGCUAUAUCUAAAUUCAUUAUUUUAUAAUCAAGGAAUGUAGACAUAUGGGAACGUUUUAUUCAUAAUUUGUGUUUUACAGUCUUGUCAAAUUUUGAAGCGAUUAAAUGUCUUUAUUAAACAUUUAGGGGCCAAUUGAAUCCAUCGAUGGCCACCAGAUUAUCGCCAUCUGAUCUUUUGUUAAACCAUCAAUACUGCUAAAAUCACGCACACAGUGAUCUUAAUUGCAACCAUUAUUGGCCACCGAUUUACUGCUCCGUGAAGCGGAUGUCGGAGUUUAGUCUUAGUCCUGAUUGCUGCCAUCAUUUUUCAAGACUAUUUCACCUUCUGCUGGUGUUAUCAUCGGAACAAUUGAAUCCUGCUAUUAUAGCAAUUUAUAUAUUUGACAAUCAUUCCGUACAACUGAAAUAAACUAUUCAAUUUCCUUGUUUACCACUUGGUUGAAGAUGGGAAGGUUACGACAACGGUGUCACAAUAAUGUAAAGGUUCUACCACUCUGAAUCAACCAUGGGACCAGCUCAAGAGUUGUAGCUAAGCUGCCUAGGCAGCAAAAAGACCACAACCAUCUAGCCAGCUAGCUAACGUUAGCAUAUAAGAUAAGUGGCGUGUGUUCAUGGAUGCCAAGGGAAGCCAGGUUUCCCCCAAAAAUGUACAAAACA